CCAACAGUAGCCAAUUGUUGCCUAGGCGACUAACCUCUAUUCACAUCACUAUAAGCAGACAUAAUAACACUAGACACCACUGCAAGUUUUAACAAUAGUUGUUUAUAUAUACCAUUAUCAUACGUGUUUGCUAUUCUAUUUAUUUGUUUAUUUAUCCUCGAACGAAAACCCACUGGAGUGUAAAUGUUUUUAAAUAAAAAAGUUAAUAUACUAUGGAUUACUCAUUGUUAACACAUUAUGAUGCAGAUGCAGAAGUCGCUGAUCAAAAUCUAUUGUGGGAAGAAUCGAACUACGAACUGCCAGAAGAAUAUUUACCUCAAACUGAGCAAUAUGGUGAAGAAUGCGACGGAGCCGAGUUUCGUGAGACUCACACUCUUCUUGCUGAUGGUGGUGACAGAUUUGGAGUCUCUACUGUCACUUUUGACACCGUCGAGGAACUUAUGUGGAUGGGAAAUCAAGGAGGUCACGUAACGUCGUACUAUGGAGCAAAUUUACAAAAAUAUACAUCGUUCCAAGUACAUGCAACCCAAGAAGUCCGUCAUAUUCAUCCCAUAGACGAAGGAAUUCUUUGUUUAACACAAACUGCUCUCAGGGGACAAUUACGCCGAGGGAUUCCUUUAUUUACUCACACGUCACAAAAUAUGAUAGACAUGCAAUGCAUGUUACAAUGUGGAUCGCGAUUACUAAUGGGUGGUCACCAAGAAAAAAUAAUAGACUUUAACUUGACCCAAGGAAAAGAAACUGGAUUUUACCAUGUAGGUGAAAACGGGUGUGCGAUAUUGCGUCAGCAUGGGAAAUUUAUUUGCGCUGGUAAUCCUGUAGGUCGGAUUGAUUUACGGGAUCCUAAUUCUCUGACCAUUGAGCAUACUCUCGAAACUCAUAGUGGUUCUUUGAGUGACUUUGAUGUUCAAGGGAAUUAUUUAGUAACUUGUGGGUUCAGUAACAGCCGUCAAGGAUUGUCAGCGGAUAGGUUUUUGAUGGUUUACGAUCUACGACAAUUACGAGCCUUGACACCAGUAACGACUUUAGUGUAUCCGUUUUUAUUGAAAUUUCUUCCUAGUUACUCCAGUCGCUUAGCUGUUGUAUCACCCUUGGGACAGAUGCAAUUAUUGGAUACUAUUUAUGCUGACGUACAGCCAUCACUUACCUGUCUUUACCAAGUAGCGACUGGAGGUGCAAUGACACUAUCUUUUGACGUAUCACCAACGUCUAAAUGUCUAGGUUUUGGCGAUGCUGCUGGCUCUAUACAUUUGAUGGCUACUAAUGCGCCUAAUCCUCAAUUCAAUACAUUUUCUAGACUCACAGAAUUUGCUGAUCCCGUUGAGACAUUAGAAUCAAUGUCAAUCGACGAUCAAAUGACAUCAUUAAGCACAGUGCCAAUGAUGUACGGAGAUCACUCACUAGCCAGUGAUUGGCCAGAGCAAUUUUUAAGAAAAACAUAUCGAAAAACGCCAGCAAUAGAUCCAGAAAUAUUGCGAACUAUGAAAAUGCAAGGAACAAUCGGGUAUGCACCGAACCCCCAGGCAUUCCGGCGCAAUCAAGUGCCAUAUAAUUUAGAAAAACGACAUGGAAUCGUAACAAAGCUGUUUUCUGGUGAACCGAGGGCUAAAAAUGAAGACAAUACUUUCAUUGCCAUUCCAAAACGUUACCGGAAAAUAGAAGUCAAGUACUCGAGACUUGGGUACGAUGAAUUUGAUUUUGAUCAGUAUAAUUUGACUAGUUUUUCGGGAUUGGAAGCUACUUUACCUAAUAGUUACUGUAAUGCUAUGUUACAACUAUUAUAUUACUGCGAGCCAAUAAGAGUAGCAGUGAUGUCUCACGCAUGUCAAAAAGAAUUCUGUUUAUCAUGUGAACUAGGAUUUUUAUUCCAUAUGCUUGAUAUCUCCAAAGGUUCACCGUGUCAGGCAGCUAAUUUCCUUCGAGCUUUUCGUACUGUACCAGAAGCAUCAGCUCUAGGACUUAUACUUAGCGAUUUGCAUCCUGAAGCUCGAAAAAAGACUAGCCUCAUCCGUCUAGUCCAGAGUUGGAACAGAUUUAUUCUUCACCAAAUGCACUAUGAAAUCUACGACACCCGAAAGCGUCAGCAAGAAGAGGAAGAAGCAGCCCGAUUAAAAUCCGGUACGAAAUACGCUCCUUUUGUUUACAAUGAACAAGAUUUCCCUAGUAUUUUACAGGAUCUAGGCUCGCGUUACAAGACUACCGAGUCUGACAAAAAGAAGAAAAGAAAACAAGACGAGGAUGGUAAAUAUAUGUGGAUCGCCGCGAAAGAAAACACCAACAAGAAGGAAGAAGAUGCAAGGGAAGAAGAAACGGACAUCAGUCGGAUUUUUGGUGCUGAGCAGAUUCAUGUUCAUCGUUGUCUCAAGUGUAAUCGGGAAGCUUACAAAAAUUCAAUCAUGCUGCUGUCUAAUUUAAUUUAUCCUGAGAAUACCAGUCCUAAUGAAGAAAUACCAUUUACUAAAAUAUUAACACGGAGUUUAAAACCGGAAAAAGUAACACCCGCGUGGUGUGAAGGUUGUCAAAAAUUCAGUCCCACAUUGCAAUCAAGACAAAUAACGAAAUUACCGCAAAUAUUGGUAUUGAAUUGCGGAUUGGAUUCUCAACAAGAAAAAGACUUUUGGCAGACACAGAUGAAUAUUAUUGUACAAAAAGUAAUGAAUGGUAAAGAUAGUAGCCCAUCUUCGAGCCCGGUUCCUAGUUCUGUGAAAAUGUGUCGAUAUGGAUUAAAUUGUAUACGCGCUGGAUGCAGAUUUCGACAUGUUGGUAAAGAUGCUGAAGUAACACAAUCGUCACCAUCAACACCUUCUACUACCCCAAUUCAGAUAACGAUACCCCCAAGCCACCUUUACUACUCUCACUCUUGGAUUCCGCACUGCAUAGAAGUGUCAUUGAACGAAAAAGGCGAGUUAGACGUGAACAAACUCGACGAAAUACAUCCAGUCCGUCCAGCCAGCAAGCCUGUGGUAGAAAACGGCCUGAGUGACCACUCAGUACCUGAAGAUCCAAAAUACUCCAAGAGGAAAGAGUCACUGGAUAAUGACAAGCAAGCUGACUCGGAAAACGAAACUAAAACAGAAACUCAUGAUCCUAAUUCAAAUGAAAACCCGAGUGAAGAAGGUCCACAACAGCCCGUAGAACACACGGAAAAAAUUCAGUAUAUUUUAACAGCUGUGGUCUGUUACAUAGACGAUAAAAGCAGCGAAGACCGCAAGCAUGUAGUGACUUUGAUUCGUGUUGGUCCUAAUUACCAUGAAAGAUCCACGGGAAGUGCAGUAGCGCAGUGGUACCUGUUUAAUGAUUUCAGCAUUACAGCAGUCACUCCCCAAGAAGCUGUUUGGUUCAACUUGGACUGGAAGGUUCCAUGUGUGCUUCAUUAUACCGCGGUCAGUGCUAUUGAAUCGGUACCGUUUAUUUCGCCGUUGACGUGUGAUGUUUUUGGAGAAGACAAGUGUAUUGCAAGGAGUGGUGGCACUCGGGGAAUUACUUUUACUCCCCUUACUUCUGAUGAAAUGCCUAAUAAAGGUGAUUUAGUAGGAAUCGACGCAGAGUUUGUUACUUUAAAUCAAAAAGAAUCUGAAAUAAGAAGUGAUGGCAAAAUGUCGACUAUUAAACCAAGCCACAUGUCUGUUGCACGUAUUACUUGUAUCCGCGGUCAAGGACCUCUAGAAGGCACACCAUUCAUCGAUGAUUAUAUUAGUACGCAAGAACAAGUUGUCGACUACCUAACUAAAUUCAGCGGUAUCCAACCCGGUGAUUUAGACGCUAAUUUCAGCAGUAAGCACUUGACAACUCUCAAGUCGACUUACCAGAAGUUAAGAUUCCUUGUCGAUAACGGUAUCAUAUUCGUCGGACAUGGAUUGAAGAAUGAUUUUAGAGUAAUUAAUUUAGUGGUACCACCUGAUCAAAUCGUGGAUACUGUAUUAUUGUUCCAUUUACCUCAUCGCCGUAUGGUUUCCCUCCGGUUCCUAACCUGGCACUUUUUAGGUAAGAAGAUUCAGUCUGACACCCACGACUCCACUGAAGAUGCGCGUGCAGCGCUGGAACUAUAUCGUAAGUACAAAGAACUGGAAAGCAAUGGAACUAUCACAGAAGCGCUGAAAAAAUUGUAUGAUGUUGGAAAUGAACUUCAGUGGAAGGUGCCGGAAAGUUGAUCUACAAGUAAUUUAACUGAAGUAGAAUAAAUUUAGUAUAAUUUAUUUAACAACUAUUUUAUUAUCGACUUUCGUGUCUGUUUUUACAACUACUCGUUUUUAAUUAUUCAUUUUUUACAACUGAUUCUACGGGUAUUUAAUAUUUUAUUUAUUAUAUUACACAAAGUCGAUUUUAAUUGAGAAUUUUAAAGAGAUUAUUUUGAGAUUAUUUUUAAGCGAAUGCACAGUCGUUGUAUAACGGGUACAUUUACAUACAACCGGAGUCAUAUAAUACAACCAGUCUGGAGUAGAAGUAAUUAUUUUUUAUGGUUUUUUUAAACUUAAACAUUACUGUUAUUAUUAUUAAUAUUAUUGAUCAAAAAUGUUUUUUAAAAUGAAUAUUAUUAAUCAAUAAUAUUUUUAUAAUCAAUUUUACCUCAGAAUUCAUCAUACGUAAUUUGUAUUUAAAUUGUUCCAAAAAAAUGAACAAGAAUUUCAGACUCCGGUUCUAUAAAAUGUGUCGAUGUUUUAAAAUAGUGUACAAUUUGUUGCGCUGUGAA